AUGGCGGAAAUCGUAGUGGUUUUUGAUUUUGACAAGACGAUCAUUGAUUUGGACAGCGACAAUUGGGUUGUCGAUGAGUUUGGUGCUAGUGAUAUGUUCGAUCAGCUUGUCCCUACGAUGCCGUGGAACACUGUUAUGGACACGAUGAUGAAGGAGAUCCACGCACGAGGCAAAACCAUGCAGGAUAUUGAACAAGUAUUGAAACGGGCGCCUGUAAUUCCCUGGGUGGUUCCAGCAAUCAAAGCAGCUCAUGCUUUAGGAUGUGAUUUGAAGAUAGUGAGCGAUGCAAAUCUCUUCUUUGUCGAGACAAUAUUGGAGCAUUCAGGAAUCAAGGACUGCUUUUCGGAAAUCAACACAAAUCCGAGCUACGUUGAUGAUGAAGGGAAACUUAGAAUCCGUCCUUACCACGAUUUUGAUCACAAGUGCAAUAAUCCUUGCCCUCCAAACAUGUGCAAGGGCCUCGUAAUAGAAAGAAUGCAAGCGGCGUCUCUUGCUAUGGAAGGGAAUAAUAAUAAGAAAAGAAUGAUCUAUCUAGGCGAUGGAACAGGAGAUUUUUGCCCUAGCUUGAUGCUCAAAGAGCAAGAUUUUGUAAUGCCAAGGAAGGAUUUUCCGGUGUGGAAAUUAAUGAACGAAAAUCGCCAACUCAUAAAAGCGAAAAUCCAUGGGUGGACUGAUGGAGAAGAGCUCCAACACAUUCUGCUUCGCAUAAUUAAAGCAAUUACUACCAUCGAAGAGAAGCAGAUUUUAUCAGCAGUUGAUCAUUCCAAGUUCCAGACGGUAUAUUCCCAUUAA